AUUCGUUAUUUUACUACUCAGCCCAUCAAUUACAAAACAAAAGCAGUGGAAAUCUCAAGUAAUUUUUUGAGCUACUGGAGAUAUUGCAGCCUAUACUACUAUAUAUACCCUCUCAUGCCAAGCCAAUUAAUAUCACAUCUAACCCAAAACAUAUAAUACAAUGACCACUCUGGUUCUAAUCCUCCAGCUUCUUUUCAUCAUCCCAUUAGCAUUUGGGUUAAACCACCCAAACUGUGACCUCAGCAACACUCAAGACAAAGACUCUACCCUAAGAAUCUUUCACAUAGACAGCCCUUGCUCGCCCUUCAAAUCAUCAUCCCCACUCUCAUGGGAAGCACGUGUACUAAAGACACUGGCUCAAGACCAGGCCCGUCUUCAGUACUUGACCAGCCUCGUCGCCGGAAGAUCUGUGGUUCCCGUCGCCUCCGGGCGUCAAAUGUUGCAGAGCACAACGUACAUUGUCAAGGCUAAGAUCGGAACUCCGGCUCAGUCUCUACUCCUAGCCAUGGACACGAGCAGUGACGUGGCUUGGUUACCUUGCUCUGGCUGCGUUGGCUGUCCUUCAACCACCGCCUUUUCUCCGGCCAAGUCCACCACUUUCAAGAACGUCAGUUGCAACGCUCCUCAGUGUAAGCAGGUACCCAACCCCACGUGCGGAUCAAGCGCGUGCGCUUUCAACCUCACCUACGGAAGCUCUUCCAUCGCCGCAAACCUCUCUCAGGAUACGAUCCGUCUCGCCGCCGAUCCAAUCAACGCCUUCACCUUUGGAUGUGUCAACAAGGUCGCAGGAGGAGGAACCAUCCCUCCGCCACAAGGCUUGUUGGGCCUGGGACGAGGCCCAUUAUCACUCAUGACACAAGCUCAGUCACUCUACCAGUCCACCUUCUCCUACUGUUUACCUAGUUUCAGGUCACUAGCCUUCUCUGGAUCGUUGAGACUCGGCCCCACUUCUCAGCCACUGCGCGUGAAGUACACGCCACUCUUAAGAAACCCGAGAAGGUCAUCUUUGUAUUACGUCAACCUCGUUGCGAUACGUGUCGGUAACAAAGUCGUCGAUUUACCUCAGGAAGCUAUUGCUUUUAAUCCCACAACAGGCGCUGGAACCAUCUUCGACUCCGGGACCGUGUACACGCGACUGGCUAAACCGGUUUACGAGGUGGUGAGGGAUGAGUUCAGGAGGCGCGUGAAGCCACGUAACGCUGUGGUGACGUCACUCGGAGGCUUCGACACGUGCUAUUCAGGGCAAGUCACGGUGCCGGCGAUAACAUUCAUGUUCAAGGGAGUGAACAUGACGAUGCCCGCGGAUAACCUGAUGUUACACAGCACCGCCGGGACCAUGUCGUGCCUAGCCAUUGCAGCUGCGCCAGAAAACGUGAACUCUGUGGUGAAUGUGAUCGCGAGCAUGCAGCAACAGAACCACCGUGUCUUGAUCGAUGUUCCCAAUGGACGGAUCGGGUUGGCACGUGAAUUAUGCUCUUAAAAAGUUGAAUGAGACAAUAAUUUAUUAAGAGAGCAGAGACCAUG